ACCAUGAAUACGUACGCUUAGACAUACUCCAUAAAGACCAUGCCCGAGGCCCCAAAUUCCAUUAUUAACCGGGAGACCGGUGCAGAGAAACGGCUUGGGCGCAAAAGCGCCACAGUUGAUCCCCAUCUACAAAAGCUCAUUGAUCAAACACUCUUAUAUGGAUAUGUUGUAAUCCCGAACGCUUUCACCAACGCGGAGGUCGAAGAGGCGAACACGGAGCUACGACGUCUUGCUUCUAGCCCACAUGCUGGUCCCGCCGUGUCUGGGGGCCGCAAUAAGUUCGAAGGGCUGAGAACGAAUCGGAUUUACGCCCUGCUUAAUAAAUCCAGAGUGUUUGACAAAUUUGUACUCCAUCCUGAUGUUCUAGGUCUCAAUGAGUAUUUUCUGGAUCAGGGCUUUCUUCUGAAUGCAUUCCAUAGCAUCAACAUUCAACCAGGAGAAGCCCCCCAAAUAAUUCAUCACGAUGAUGGCUUUAUCACGAUACCACGUCCACACCGCCCCUUUGGGACCGCGAUCAUGGUUGCACUAGAUUCUUAUACGAAAACAAAUGGCGCUACAGUCGUUGUUCCAAAGUCGCAUACGUGGGACUCGAGUCACGUUCCGACGCCUGGCGAAGCAGAGCCUGUUAUCAUGGAAAGAGGAAGCCUGGUCUAUUUUCUAGGUACGCUAUGGCAUGGUGGGGGCAAAAAUGUAUCUGAAAAGGAGCGGCGAGCACUCACGGUUCAAUAUUGCCAGCCAUGGGUCCGUCCACUGGAGAAUCAGAUCCUUGCAGUGGAUUGGGAGAAGCUAGACGAGCUCCCGCCUCGACUGGUCGAUAUGCUUGGGUACCAGGUAGGCGCUCCCUUUGUGGGGUACGUAGACGGGAUUAGCCCCAGAAGGGCUGUGGAAAGGAAAAUGAGGGCAAAGGAAGCAGGUAAUGAAUUUACUACUAAGCUUUGAACUAGAUGCAGGAACCGGGAUAUGGACUGGAGUUCGAUGUAUUGGC